GUAUUCUGAAUGACUCAAUUUAUAUCCACUUGUCCUUCACAAAAAGAAAUCCUCAUGAGGCUGCGCAAUGCAUUGACCAUAUGAAGAAAAAAAAAUUGUCAGAAAAUAACAGAGUAGAAACUUUGAAAAUGGAAGCGCUUAAUGACCAGCUGAAGCAAAAUCCAUGGCCUUUGGAAAAGAGCAUAUUUGAGAGCCUACCUCCUAGACUUCGUAAAGCACUGCAGGAAGCUUGCAAAGAACAGAAUGGGUUCUACGCUCAGUUCUCUAAACUCUUCCCAAUGCGGGUGAUAUCCUAUCUGAUGCUACCAUAUACACUACCAGUGGAGUCUGCUUACUCUGUUGCUUUACGAUUAGUAAACUGGUUUCCUGACAUGCCUGCUGAUGUUCGGUGGAUGCAAGAACAGCUUUGUCAGAUUGCUGGUACAGUUUAUUCCCAGGCUAAAAGCAAGCUAUUCUGUACAUCCAGGAAAGACAAUUAUGCAUCACUAAGAAAAUGUCAAACUGUCCCGUCUGCUAUGGAAUUUCAUUCUUCAUACUGCCACCUUAAAAUGCCUCACUCUUCUGGGGACCUUGAAACCUGGCUCUGGGAAUCUUCAUGCUUCAUGCACUCAGCUGUGAAAAAUGCUUCUGCUAUCAUGCAGGAGCGUUCAGACUUAAACUCCUGUCCUAACUUUCUCCCAAAUUCUGAUGAGUCUGGGUUGGAAAUAGAUUUUGACUCUUCCUCAGAGACAAGUUUCCAGACUGCUCCAGAGUAUUAAUUUGGAAGUAAGUUCCACAGUUCCCAGAAUUCCAAUUUGGCAGAGAAAUUUAAAUCCCGAAGGACUAAAAUUGACUUUGUUUAUUGCCAAUAAGUCUCAGAAAAGUAAUUGUUUAC